GACGCGAGAGAAAUGGAGAGAGGAGAUGGAAGAGGAGAAAGCGCAGAUCUGGGCGGAAGCAGGGGAAAAGUGUUCCACGAAGCGGUAGGGUCUUUCUGCCACGCCUUUUCCUCGCUGACCCGGGUCCCCGCUCCCGUCCGAGUGCCAGCUGGCGGGACGAGCGCUGGAAGCCCUUCUGCGCCUGUUGCGGGGAUCCCGGAGCUGGGCGCAGGGCGCGAGGCGUGGGGCCGCUCCCGCGCCGGCACAUGGCUGCAGCCGCCCCGCGCGCACCCCGAGGCGCCGCGCCUAGCUCGCCCGAAGUCCGUCGGCUGAGCCCGCCCGCCCCGGAGCCAAGCAGCGGCUGAGCGGGGAGGAGCCCGCGCCCGGGGAUCGGGAUGAUCCUCCUCGUCCUGCUCGGGCUAGUUUCCUACUGUGUUGGAACCUUGGGGACUCACACUGAGAUCAAGAGAGUGGCAGAGGAAAAGGUCACUUUGCCCUGUCACCAUCAACUGGGGCUCCCAGAAAAAGACACCCUGGAUAUUGAAUGGCUGCUCACCGAUCAUGAAGGGAACCAAAAAGUGGUGAUCACUUACUCCAGUCGUCAUGUUUACAAUAACUUGACUGAGGAACAGAAGGGCCGAGUGGCCUUUGCUUCCAAUUUCCUGGCAGGAGAUGCUUCCCUGCAGAUUGAGCCUCUGAAGCCCAGCGAUGAGGGCCGGUACACCUGCAAGGUGAAGAAUUCAGGGCGCUAUGUGUGGAGCCACGUCAUCUUAAAAGUCUUAGUGAGACCAUCAAAGCCCAAGUGUGAAUUGGAAGGAGAGCUGACAGAAGGAAGUGACCUGACUUUACAGUGUGAGUCAUCCUCUGGCACACAGCCCAUUGUGUAUUACUGGCAGCGAAUCCGGGAGAAGGAAGGAGAGGAUGAACGUUUGCCUCCCAAAUCUAGGAUUGACUACAGCCACCCUGGACGCGUCCUGCUGCAGAAUCUUACCAUGUCCUCCUCUGGGCUCUACCAGUGCACAGCGGGCAAUGAGGCCGGGAAGGAGAGCUGUGUGGUGCGAGUGACUGUUCAGUAUGUACAAAGCAUCGGCAUGAUUGCAGGAGCGGUGACAGGUAUGGUGGCUGGAGCCCUGCUGAUUUUCCUCUUGGUGUGGCUGCUAAUCCGGCGGAAAGACAAAGAGAGAUAUGAGGAAGAGAGACCGAAUGAAAUCCGAGAAGAUGCCGAAGCCCCGAAAGCCCGCCUUGUGAAACCCAGCUCCUCCUCCUCGGGCUCUCGGAGCUCACGCUCGGGUUCCUCCUCCACGCGCUCCACGGCAAACAGCGGCUCCCGCAGCCAGCGGACACCGUCCACGGAAGCGGCGCCCCGGCCAGGGCUGGCUACCCACACCUACGGUCCCGUGGGGCCGGAGGCAAGAGGUUCUGAACCAAAGAAAGUCCACCACGCUACCCUGACCAAAGCAGAGAGCACUCCUGGCACGAUCCCCAGCCAGAGCAGAGCCUUCCAAACUGUCUGAGUUCGAGCGGACUUGACUCCCAUCCUUUCCCAGGAGUCAGGACUCUUCUCGUCAUUGACGCCCAGUCACCAGCCACACAACCGCCUCGGACCAAAUGAGAGGUCAUUUAAGUAGCAGUGACCAUUGCAUGGGAGAGAUUCAAAUGAACACUUUCCUCAUAUGACACCAAACAGGAAAAGGAUGUAAGCUGAUGGUCUCCAAAAAGGCAUCUCACUGUGCUUUUAGACCAGAGCGGGGGCCAAAUCUGUGCAUUUGGGGACCAGGACCUGUGGUGAGAAAGGCUGGGGAGAGGGGAAGUGAACACACUUAGAAUUCCUCACUUGGGCUGUUUUGUGUCAACACUUUGACUCACCACUGUUAAGAAAUGAGGUGUUGUUCAUACGUUUUCUAUGCAUUUCUGCAAACCUACUGGAUUGCUAUGAUUAUUCAGAGUCAAGCAGAACCCACAGCCUUAUAUCACACCUAUCUGCACCAUGAAAAACUCCAAAAAAGGAAACAUGUCUCUUCCACCCUGACCUGACUUCAUUUACCAGAAAGUUUGGAUAUUAAUUUCAAGAGCAGUUGAGAAAUAGUGGGAGAUGGAGAAUGAGAUUUUCCCACUCUGAUCUUGAUGUUCAGAUGGCCACUGACAAAUAUCAGAAAUAAAAUGCUGGAAUAAUUGUGGAUUUUCCCUCAAAUUGGAUGUCUCUAAGGACUUCCCUGCUGGGUAUCUCUGGAGCAAGAAAACAAUCAUUAGGUGUCAUUUAACAAUCUCCUUAGAAGUCUUCUAGAGAAAAAGAUAUUUUCAGAAUGCUGGAAGAUCAUCCAAUAACAGUCUCUUCUUUCAGUGAACAUAUGAAAUCAGGAUUUCAAGACUGACUAGACUAAAAAGUGAGAUUAGAUCAGCUUUCUCUUAAUAUGUCAAGGAGUGGCAUCAGGAGUUCAGCAUUGCACCAAACUUGAAGCUUCCUCCAUUUCUUUCAUUUUGGAGAAAGAUGUGAACCUAGGACUUUUGUUGAUUCUAGGCCUUAAAUUAUCAAAAAGUUCAGGGAUUGACAACCUUUCCUGAUGGCAGUGCAUGGACAUCAUACCAUUCCCUCCUGAGAGGUUGAGGUUGAGACAGAGAGAAGUUCAGUAUUUUCCCAGUUUAGCCUCUCAGGAAGCCUAGCUCUGGGCUGGAAGGAUAGGAAAUUAACAUUUAGGGAAGAGAUGGUGAGGAUAACUAGUGGGUGGCAGGAGGGAUCUAGGUUAGUGCCUGUUAAAUACUGUUGGCAUCUUGGAAAGAAUUAGCAGAAAUGAUUUACCAGGAUAGCUCUCAGAAGAGAGGACUCAUGGGAGAAGAAAGGUGUCUGAGAAAUAAAAAGAAAGCAGCCUCCAAUACAACAACUUGCCUUUUAAAUAGUUUUGACGACUCUGUUAGUCAAAUUCAUCCUAUGGCAAGAACGCUAAACCUGAAAUAGCCCUUCAAAGACUCUAAAGCAAGUGUCAACAGAUCACCAGUGGUAGGGCAAAAUAUUUCUUAUUAUUAAAAGGACACGGAAUUCCCUGGCAGGCCAGUGGUUAGGACUCUGCACUUUCACUGCCGAGGGCGAGGGUUCAAGCCCUGGUCAGGGAACUAAGGCCCUGCAAAAGUAAAAAUAAAUAAAUAGAUAAAUAAAAAUAAAAUAAAGUCUUAAAAAAAAAAGGCAGCAGGCUGUAGGAAAGAAAAAGUAGUGCUGAACGUGGUGAUGAAAGCCCUGUUCCUAAAAUGGGAAUCAGGUGCUUAAAGGGAAAAAGUUGAUCUGGGAUUUUGUCCUAUUUCUGAUUUUCAUUUUUACAUCUAAUUCUCACAUAGUACAAAUGCAUUUCCUUCCAAAGUCCUUUAAGAAACAGGGUUUUAUCCUUGAGUGAAAGUUUCAUCUUGAGUUUUGUCUUCCUCUAAAAAAAAAUUGGGGGUAAUUCCCUGGCCGUCCAGUGGUGAGGGCAUCACGCUUUCACUGCUGAGGGCAUGCGUUCAACCUCUGGUCAAGAAACUAAGAUCCCGCAAGCCACGAGGCAUGGCCCUGGGCGCCCCCCACAAAAAAAAAAAAAAAAGUUGGGACAUAAGAGACAUUGAGGAAGUAAUGUAAAGAAUGCCUGCUAUUAGUUUAAGAGGGCUAGCACAUUUGGAAUGCUUUUUAUACUGACACUGCCUCAUUGUAAGACAUAAACUCCUUACUCCACUUCCUUAUUCUUCGGGUAGUGUGGUGUCCAGGCAACAUAACACAUCUGCUCUGUAAUUCUGAGAAUUCUCAUUCCUAAAGUACCUGAGCCAAAUGAGUACGCUAUGGCAGCUGCAGGUCUACCAUCACUAGAAAUUUGCUCUUAUCAUUAUUUAUGACCUUUGAACCUAAGGUUUCCUGCCUAUGCCUCUGCAAACAGGAAUCAGUCCCCUUUGCGUGAAAAGGUUUAGAUUAUUUAAACAGGUUAGUUAUUAGAAGACUAAAAUACCAGUUGAAUAUCCAUAUUAUUUUGGAAAUCCAUUCAUACUGGAUAUCUACAAAAAAUGUCACAAAACAAAUUAUUACCUGAAAUCUGAGAAAUUCUAGGAAUGGAAGAUUCUGAGAGAUAAGGUGCUGAAGUCUUAGUAGUGAUAGUGUGCUUCUCUUUCAGUCAGGCUUUUGGGUUCAGAUACGACAGGCUCUGGGUUUAAGAUAAAAGUUUGAGCCACUACUGGUUUCAAACCAUAUUCCAUUCAUCUUGCAAGUCAAACACAUUUGAUUCUUUAAUAUAAAACAAAAAAGGAUAAAAUAGACGGUAGAAGAAAAAGUGCUUGUAGGAAGAAGAUACAGAUGGAAUGCUGUGGAUGUUUAGAAAAUAACCAUUUCAAUAAAACGCAUACACUAAACUUAGAA